UGCAGCAGCCACCACAGUUGUCUCUCAGUAAUACGAUACCCACUCCGUUCACACCGACUACCACCGUCCACGUGCGCUUCGCGUAUAUAAAGUAAAUCGCGACACCGAGUGUUUAGUAUUUCAGAAUAAUACCGGAGUAACAUUCGCCCCUACUGCACCCACGGUGUUUUGUUUCAAUAACAAUAAUAAUAGUAAAUAUUCAAUUACGCGCCGAAGCCAAAUAAUCGCCAUCAUGAGAAGCGAAAUUCUGGAAGAGAUGCCCGAAGAAACGAUGGAAUAUUUCUGCGAACAAGUUUUGAAACGCGAUUGGCCCAACUGUAUCCACGUGAGUGUUUACAAUUUAAAUAAUAAUUGUUUAUGAUCAUCAUUAAUUGCGUAGAAGUAACAGCAAUAAUUAUUAUAGUGCUAUAUUAAACCGACAAAGUCCGCUUUUGCGGCGAACCUAUAGCUAGGUACGUCUGAUAACUGUAUUGUGGUUGUACGUAUACGUAACUAUAACGGAUAUUUUACUGUGGUCCACUAAACGUUUUUGUGGCCAUAUUUAUUGUAUCGUUUCUGUACGUUAUGUAUUUCAACAAUGGCAAUACUUUAUUACAUAUCUAUAUUACAUUUUUGGAAAUAUGUCUAAACUUGCUGGACAACGUUAAUUAGAAUUAUUAUUAUUAUUUAUUUAUUUAUUUUUUUCCUAAUGACUGAACGAAAAAAUAUAUUUGUGUGUUUUUUAUGUCGCGUUUUGGAAAUUGGCCGGCUAAAACAAAACAUACCAUUUGAUUCUACCGAACUAUCGCUUGAUGAAUUUACGAGUAACUCGAGUGAAUUGGGUGCAAAUAGCUCAAUUUUUUUUUCUUAUGUAGAUGUUACUUUAGGAAAGUCAUUUUUUGUUUUUCAAAGUGGUUUUCUUAAUAUCUGGGAUAACUUAUUAUUUACGAAAAUAAUUCUUUUCUUAUUUUCAAAUUUGUUAAAUGUUGUAAUUCGGUUUAAAAUAUUAUUAAAUUACUUAAUUAAUUAAUUACUUAAUUAAUAAACAAAUUAUUAAAUUUUUUUUUUUGUUUUGAACAUAUUAUGCACCUUAUAUUGUCGAUAUAAGGACGACGGCGAAGUCCGAAUUGAGCAUACUGUCUUAGUUUCAAAAUUAUAACUUUUUGAAGUUCUGAUAUUAUGCGAAUAUUAUAUUAUAUAUGUUGUGUUAUAUAACUCAAUAUUGUCUAAUUUAUAGUAUGCUUGUCGUAGUCUAGUGGUGAUACGUACCUAUAGUCGUCCUAGAAUUUUUUUUUCAAAACCACGUCGGGUAGGUAACAGGUAAAAAAUAAAUAUAUUUUGGGUGUACCUAGAGACCUAAGCUGUCGUAAUAUGACAUAUAUUUUUGAAAAAGAAAUAUUAACCGGGCUCCGCUCAGAAUCAUUUUUCGUUAGCAAUGAUUAGUCUUUGCUUACAGAUAUGCAUUAAAUUCUCCUCAUAGAGUAUGUUAUAGUAUCCUGUCUUCUCAACUUCUCAUCUAUAACAGUGGUCCACUUAUUGUGCGAAAUAUGUUAAGCAGUAAAAGCAUUUUUUUUUUUUUUUUACAACAGUUUUGAAAUUUCUAAAACUGUUUCAAAUUAAGUACGAUCGGAAAAAAAAUUUGAACAUUUUUAUUUUUUAUUAACUGAAAAAAGUGUUUUACAUUCAUCGUAGUAAAAUAAUAUUAAUAAAUAAUUGCAGCAACUAUUUUUAUAGUAAACCGUUUGCCAGAAUUUUUCGAUGGCGUGCACGAUUAAUUCAUUACAAGAAUAAAAAACAUUAGGUGUUUUGCUGCCCAUCUUCACUUUUUAAAUAGCAUUAUGAUAGUACACGUGUACCGAAUUCGCUAACUCUUGUUUUUCUUUCCGUUUUACUCGUAAGUACUACAUUCCUACUACCGUUAACGCGCAAUUACUGAAGCGACAGACAAACGCGAAAUAAUCAGGCAACAUUGAUUUUUUCGGAAUUACUGGGAGUUGACGACGUACCGACCCGCCGAGUGGAUGGGCUCACUCCAAACGGAAACUGGUUAAACGAAAUGUAGAUGAAGUUAAAAUAAAUGUCACUUUAAAAAUCUUAACGCGUUCACGCUUUAAGAUUUUAGUUUUUUAGCAGAAUGAGGAAUGUAUUGGUUUUACAAUGUUGUUUAUUUGUAUUAUUAUUUUUUUUUAUCUGUGAACAACUUUAUAACCAGCAAUUUACAAUAAAAGCACUUUUUCUAAAAGGAAAUCUAACUGGGGAAGUUAUUUUUUUAUUUUCCCAAUAAAUGGAAAAACGAAAAAAAAUAGGAGAAUAUUAAACAAAUAUUAUUAAAAAAUGCUUAAUACAUGUUAUUAUUUUAUCUUAAUAUGACAAAUAUAUUGUUCGCAAAGCAACACUAUCAACCAAAUUCCGUUCAGAAUCGUUUGUAUUAUCAAUGGUUGAUCGUUGCGUACAGAUAUACAUUAAAUUCCCGUCUGUAUCUUAUCUUUCCAACUUCCCACCUACAAUAGUGGCUGCGCCCGUUCUCAUUAUCCUAGGACAUAGCUUUUUUAAGAUUGUGUUAACAAUAUUAUACUUUUAUUAUCAUGUAUGCGCGGGAUGGAUGGUGGGUGUUUGGAAAUUAUAUAAUAUAAUCGUUUUAGUGUUAUUGUUAUAGUAAAAUGAUCUAUAUUGGUACCGUUGCGUAAUCUAUUUUAUAUAAUUAAAUAAUAAUUGGCAAAAUAAUUGUAUAUUGGCCCUAUUAUGUAUUCACAUGUAUAAUUAAUUAUUGAUAACUUAUAAGUCAUAACUAGUUGUAGUCAAUGCGAGUUCAUAAAUCAUUACUUGAUUGAUUAAAUAACACAAUUUUACUUGCAUAUUCCGACGUACGAGAUUAGUGAAGAAGCAUCAUUUGUGUGGCGACACGGCGCACGGCGUUUUAAGAAUGUACCUCUACUCUUCCCCGACCUAAACUUAAAAAUGGAAUGUAUCGUCAACGGAUUGACGGACAUUAAAAAUUUAAACACCAACAUUUAUUUUAACUACUACUCCAUCUAUUUAUAGAAUUUUUAAUUUAGGUUGCCAUUCAAAAAUCAAAAGUAGGUAUUAGGUAAAUUAGGUAAAAAUUAGGGCGACAAAAAAAUAACAUAAAUGUAAAAUUGCAGAACCACUUGUUUAUACAACUUUUUAUAAAACAAAUGUCGAAAAAAACCAAUACUUUCCGAGAUAACGAGUGUCUUACGAUAGAUUGAUCACCUUGUGUAUAUAAAAUAACCACACAUUUUCCUUUGGGAGAGGGGGGUUGUCUAAUCAAGAAUCAUAAAAUACUUUAAUAAUUAUAAACCGUGGAAUUUUCAUGUAAAAAUAGAUAACAAAUACCUUCGUAAAACAGUUUUUCAGAUUAAACUAUUUUCAUAUUGUAAUUUAUUUUUUUCGUGUUACAAUAAAUUUUAAAAGUCACUUCGUGCACUUAUAGCACUUGACAAUUUUAUUAUCGUCAUUAGCCAGUGACACGUAUUUGGCAAUUCAGUAAUUAUUUGUCAGUACAUAAUAACGUGUUGGUAUUUAUUGAAUAGAUGUGAACUUUUGUGUUGUGAUGGUCACAUGAAAAAAAAUGCCCAGAAAUCGAUCCAAAUUUAAUUAACACUUAUCUAAAUUAGAACAAUUUUAACAUUAAGAUUGUCGAAGGAAUUAUAAUUAUUAUAUAAAUCAAAAAUCAACAGUAAAAAUUGUAAAAUUGGUACACCUAUAGCUAUAUGUAAAAUUAAUAUUAUUUAGUAACGUCAGUUAAACGGCAUUCAUGAUAAAAUGUAGCAUAAAUAUUUAUUUAAAUUUCAUAAAAGAACAUAUUAUCAUUAUUAGUUUGAAUCGUGUAAUGGUAUUGCAACUGUAGUAUAGGUGGGUUAGUACAUUCGGUCAAUACGUAGGUAGUUAUUUUUAGACUAUCAUUCGAACUAAACGUAUUUAUUUAUAAGCUGACAAAAAAAUCCACAGUCAUGUACCUAUAUACUAUUCUUAUGCUAGUAACUGUCAAUAUUAAUUUUGUUUUUUAGUUGGGUUUAUUGACACAUAUGUAAAGAAAAAUUAAAUUUUAUUUUCAUCCCUUAAUUAUUGAAAAAAAUGAUAUUAUAUUUUUCCACUCUUUAAAAUUUUCCAUACAGCUAUUUUGUAAAAUAUAUUAUUAAUUUCAAAAUUUGAAUGUAUCAUACAUUUAUAUCCGAUUAAUAAUUUCUUAGUUAUAGUGACUUUAAUGAAUAGAAAAUAGGCCGGAAAACAAUUAAUACUCAAUAGAAAAUAAUGAAUUGCCGUGUUGAUUGCGAUUCCUUAUUGGAUAACGUGUUUUCUAUUGAAAAUUGAUUGUUUUGAGAUUAAUUUUCUAGAAAUUAAAACGGCUAUUAAUAAGAAACUAUUGAUCCUAUAUAAAUGUAGGUAAUAAUUAAUAUAGUAUGGUAACUGUAUGCGAAUGUCAUGAUAUGCUAAUGAUAAUUUUACCGUCUCCAUCAGGAAUAAAGACGUCUUGUUCCAUAAUUGUUUAUAUCUACUUUAAAAUAUUUAUUUAGAAAAAUAAUGAUUAUUUAAUUUUCUACGAGACAUUCUAAUACUUUACAACUAGAAUUUCUUUAAGGGAGGGGAAUCUAAAGACUUAUGUUAUCAUAAAAUCGUUAAUGACUUAAAACCUAUUAGUAAGAUCACUUUUUUUAUUGUUAUUGUUUGUAUACUUUGUCAAGGUAUAAACAACCUUUGGCUAAAAGAUUAAGAUUGCACCUGUAGCUUAUCUAUAAGGUAUAAGGAUAUUCGUGCCUGUAGGAAAUAGGUGUAGGACCACCCCUAGUAACUCGUCUCAUAAAAUUUACUAUUUAUUAUACGCUAUGUAGGUAUCUAUUUAGUUGGUUUUAAUAACUUUUAAUAGGUAGUAACUGUUUAUGGAAAAUUCAGCAUUUACGAAAGUUAAUUAAUUCUAAUAUUCGGAUUCUGUAAUCUGUAAUCUGAAAUCUGAAAUCUAACAAUUUUACAUCCUUAAUCUAUUUACUAGGUACUUGAUAAUACUGUAGAGCUUAAUGUUCACGGUUAAGGUUGAAUUCAAAAACCAACAUUACAUUACUUACCUAAUUAGUUAAUUAUUAUUUGUAUUUUACUUAAUAUGGCAUAAUCAGAUUAUUAAUAGUAAAAUUAAAACUGAAAUAAAAUUAAUUAUAUUAAAAAUUAAAAAAUUAUUUUACAGGCAUAUUAUUUCAUUAAAAAUGCUUUUCAAUGGAAGCUCAAAAAUUCGGUGUCAACUUACAAAUUAUUAUACAUAGCAAAUGACGUGGACAAUGGGACAUUUAUUGGCAUUUUAUCACGACCUGUAAGUACAAAAGAACAACAAUAUUAUCGUAAUUAUAUAGAACAAUGUAUAAUGUACUUGUUAGGUAGGUACUAAAUUUCAGAUAUAUACUAUAUUUCUAAACAUGAAACUUAUUAAUUAAUUAUACUUUUUUAUUUUUUAUAUCUUCAUAUUGUAAUACAAUAAUUAUUUGUUAAUGUAAUGCAAUGCAAUAAGCACCCAGCACAGUAUAAUUAAAAUAUAUUGUUUAAACUUGUCUGGUAUGGAUUUCUGACUGAUGUAUAAAAAACAGUCUGCAAUCAAGGUAUUUAUUAAAACCCGACCAAGUCUAUAUUUUUGGUUCCCGACUUGGGAUAUUUUUUUCAAUAUCCAACCUGAUAUUGAACAAUUUUUAUUUCUUAAAUUAGUUUGGCUCAAUCCAACUAUCGUUAUUUUUUUUCCAACCAAUAAAUAUAACUUGUAAUGAACAUUGUGUUAAAUGUUUAAGUAUUUCUGUUUUGUCAAAAAAUUGUAUCCACAUAGUACUUACUAAAGAAAAAUGACAUGAAAAAACUAGAAAAUGUAAAAUGCCUAUAAAUAGCUCAAAAAUAUUUUCGUGAUUUUUGUAAAACCGUGGAUUAUUUUAUAAAUAGUGGUGGAUUUUUUUUAAAGGGAGUACAUUAUUCAUAUAAAGUAAAUUAAUCUAAAAUAUGUAAUAAAAACUGUAGACCAUUUACAGGGGGGGCACAUGCCUCUGUACCCUGCCCCCUGAUCCGCCUCCGAUUAUAAACAUACUUUUAAUUUAUAAUACAAUUAACGGUCUAUUCAGUUUCAGUUUACGUAUUUAGUUGUGAUGUGUUGUUUGUUCAAAUAUUUUUUUUUUUGAGACAGUAUCAAAUUUAACUUAAUAGAUAACCUAUCCUUAAUAGCUUAAAAGGUAAAAAUCUAUUAGUUACUAUAAUACAUUUUGAAUAGAAAUUUUGUAUAAGUACGUGAUAUUUUGAAGGGGUUAUUGGUAUAAUAACCUUAUACCUGACACAUUGUUUUUGUAAAAAAAAAAUCAGCAUAAUCCUUGCAAGUAAUUUGUAAUUACUAUACAAAGUGUCCUACAGUGUUACCCAUAUGCUAAUGAUUCUUUCAAUAUUCAUUUGUUUUACAUUUUUUGUUUUUUCAAUGAAGGUUUUUUGCAAGGGAGACACAUAAUAGUCAGAAAAAAAUAAAAUUUUUAUUUUUAUGCUUUAAUUAUUAAAAAAAAUUACUUUAUUUUAUCACUUUUUCAAAAUUUUCAAAAUAGCCAUUCUGUAAAAGAUAUUAUUCUAAAAAUUUGAAUGUAACAUACAUUUCAUACAUUCAUAUUGGAGGAAUAGUUUCUUAGUAAAACCAGUUUUAAUUAAUAAAAAGUUGAUGUUAAAAUAAUUAAUUUCUAAUAGAAUAACACUUUACGCAAUAAGAAAUCAUCAUGGUAAUUCCUCAUUUUCUGUUGAAUAUUAAUUUUUUUUAGGCCUAUUUUCUAUAUGUUAAAGCCACUAUAAUUUAUAAACUAUUAAUCAGAUAAUUCUACUACCAUUUAGUCUAAUAAUAUUUGCUUGAAGUGCUUUUUUUCAAAGCUUUUUGAUGUUUUUAAGUGCUUUUUUGUGAACUUUAAGUGCAAAUAAGUCCCAAACCCUACCUAUGUAAUCAACAUUGGGGCAUCAGAAUAUUGGCUUGAUUUAGCAUUCAAAGUAAUAUGGUGGUAGUUUAAGUUUUAUCAUGUGUUAAUUUUAUAUUCAUUUAUGUAAAAAUGUAUUUAAUUUCUAUUUAUUUAAAAUUAAAUAAACAGAAGACUGAUACUUACUAGAUGAAUAAUUUUUUUGAUAUUCUCAGUAUUAUCUGAGUAGUAAUUUUCUAUCGAGAAAAAUUAAAGAGCAUUCAAAAAGAGAGUUGUAAAUCUGAAAAUGCUUUUUUCUUUUUUCGGAUAGAAAAUAUAUAUUCAUUUUAAUGUUUUAAUCCAUUAGAGAGUAAACACAGAAAGUACUUAGAGAUAUUAUUUUUAAAAAUUCCAAAAAGUCAAAAAAUAGUAAUUUUUAUUAUUUCUUUAACAUUUAAAUAAUAAAAAAAAACGUGAUUUAUGAGCUAAAGUAAGAUGAAUGUUCCAAACUUAGACCUUGAAUCCUGUAAGUUUAUAUUUUUUAUGAAUCGUUUUUUAAUUUUAGGAAUUUUUUCGCCAAUGAUGCAGGAAGAUUCAUUUUAUGAAUUGCACAGUAAGUAUCUAAUGUUAAUUUCAGGAAGAAGAAUACCCAGAUGUUGUUGUUACAUACACUAGCCCAGGAAAUGAAGAUCAGUUUCAACGAAUCUUGAACAGUACUGAGUACAUUAACUGGCAAAAGAAACCACUAUUCCAAGCUAUCCCAUUCAGAAUGAAGAACAUUGUAGAAUCUAUGAUUGAAGAGAAGGGUUUGAAGAGUAGGCUGUAUUCAAAUGCAGUACUUAAGUGGAUGCCUGCGGAUGCAGCUGCUAGAUUAGAUUAUAAGUAUGAUUAAACAACAUUAACAUAAAUAUUUAAUACAAUUCCACUUAGUGCAAUUUCUGAUCAAUACAUAGCUUUUUCUAGAAUAUAAUUAUUUUGACAGCUGUCUUACAAAAAAAUUACAGACUUGUUUUUGUUUUAAAAUAUUUUUGAAAAAACUUAAAUGGCACAAGAUAUCCUCAAAAUUUAACAAAUCAAGUAACGUAAUUUUGUUAUGUUACCCGUUAGAUAGAGAUUUAAAAUGUUGGGUUCAUGUCCUCUUAAGAUGAUUACCUAAUUGAUUAUUACUAGUAGAUAUUAAAGUAGUACCUAUACAAAUGUCAAUAAAUUGCUUAUCUAAAAUUGAUUGAAUUCCAUAGGUAAAGAUUUAAGAUUUUCCACUAAAAGGUUAAUUUAAUAUUAAAAUAUAUAUGCACUAUAAAUGUUACUAAUAAAUGGUGGAUUCUAUACUAAUCAGAGGUCACAUAAAGUGAAACUCUCUUAUUGUUUAUUUAGAUUAUAUUUAAAAUUAAUAAUUUAUUGGUAGACAUUUAUCUCAUGAACAUAGUAUAUUUUUGGCUUGCGUAUAGUUUACAUUAAUUUUUGUUAAGUAUCUACGUUGAAAAUUAAAAAAAAUAAAUAAAAAUAUUAAUAAUAAUAAUAGCAAUAAACUUAUAAAUAUAUUUGUCUUAAUAUUUAAUGAUGAACAGUAAAGAAUAAGGAACUAUUAACAAAAAUACGUAAUUAUUGUACAAUUUAAUAUUUUAUUAAUGUAUGAUAAAUGAUUUAGUAAAGGUAAAAAUAAUAAAUUAUAUUUUAAUGACAGUAAAAGUCAUACAUUUGUUAAAACUUCAGUUUUUGGGAUUGUCAUAUUUGAAUACUUACAUUAAAUAUUAGUUUUUAGACAAAACAUAAAUGUAAUUUAAUUACUUAAUUACAUAGGAAAAAAGAAAUUAAUGUACUGUUAAUUAUUUUUUUAAAUUUUAAAUUGAUUACUUACUCAUUUGUAUAAAUAACAUUAUUUUUGUUUUAGGGUUCCGGAAGAUGUUUUUAUUGGUCGAUUGAAUGUGGAUCAUAUUGACUUUAUUUAUUCACUGUGGAGUCAUAGCGAUGUAUAUCCUAAGUCGGAUCUUUGGGAUACAGUGAGGUUGAAUAUUGGUUUGGGUGUAUUUAGUCGGCAUAAUAAUGAGCUGUUGGCUUGGGCUAUGUGUGGCAGUUACGGAGGUCUAAGUACGCUGAUUGUUCAGCCAGAUUACAGAGGACGUGGAUUCGGUAAAUUAGUUGUUUUGGCGGUCACCAAGGUCAUGGGAGAGUCAGGAGUUUCUCCUCAUGCACUCAUCAAUGAAAAAAAUAAUGUGUCAUUGGGAUUGUUUAAGAAUGUGGGCUAUACUAAACAUUCGACUCCAUUACCCUACGUUGUAGUAGAAGACCCGGAUAUAUCUGGACCAUAAAAAGGUUAUUUUAUCAAGGAAUUUACCUUUACGAUUGGAUUUACACAAAUAUUUUAUUAGUUGAAAUGAUACGCUAGAAUUCGGCAAGAAGCUUACAGAAGGGACAGUUGAGGAAAUAAUGAAGAUUAAAACGAUAAUAUUUAAAAUAUUGUUAUUAUUGAUUUUUCACAAAAAUUGGAUUUCAAUUGAAACGUUAAAUUGAACAUUUUUAUAACUUUCUAUAGUAUUAUGUAUGUAUCCAGUAAUGGAUAUAAUAUAUUAUUAUACAACAGCAAAAUAAUAAAAAUAAAUCAUA